CCGAAAAUUCAUCCUUGACUUCAUUCGCUACUCCGAGGGAGAUUGAACCAUUGAUGGGUACGGAAAGCCCUAGAGAUUGAUAUGGUGAUCUCGAAAGGAGUAAGAAAGGCGAUGCGCACCGAUGUGAUCAUAGUGUCAAGUGUUUUCAAGGGUAGGAAAUAAUACGAGGUGAAGGGCGUGCUCGAAAUCUUCCUGGCCAAUGAAUUAACGCGGAGUUAGUGCGGGACGACUGCCGGAUAUGUAGAUGAUUCUGUGCCUCUCGGACCCGUAGCCCUGACACUGCUGCCUAAAAAUCGAACAGAUUCUUCCAGAGGAUUACAUAGUGGAUCUAUGCGGAGCCGACACCCAUCAUUCUUGACGUCUUUCAUUCUGGCGAUGCUGCUUUAUCCCGAGAUACAGAAAUGUGUACAGGCAGAAAUCGAUGCUGUCGUGGGUCAGGACCAAUUUCCCGCGUUUGAGGACAGAGAGAAGCUUCUGUACGUCGACCUCAGAGGUGCAUUUUCGUCCUAGUUCCUGCUCACUCUCAACGACGCAGGGCUCCCACGUCACGUAAUGAGGGAAGACGUCUACGAAGGGUGCAGCGUACUUAAGGGUGCGAUCGUCAUCGUAAACAUUCUUUCCAUUUCA